UCACACACCCAGGGUUCAAUUGUUUGUUUACGUGUGGAGCAGAAGAGUUUGCAAGACAACUGUUAGGAUUUACAAUUUAGUUGGAAUAUAAACAAUUUGGGAUUAUCUCACCAAAUGCUUAUUUAUUAUUAAGGAGCAAUCAAUCAUUUGACAAGUAGGCUUACAGGAAAAAGCACUCGUAUUCUUCUACUGGUUCCGGUCUAAUAAGCAGCGUAACAAUAGCAAAUUCGUCAUUCAGGUGGGAGCGAUGUCGGACCAGCAGGCGGGGAUCCACGGCGCACUCGGCCUCGGCGCACCUCUCACCCCCGCGGGGAUCCAGACGGCCGACAGCAUGCUGUCGCAGGUGUCCGACGGGCAGGUGAAGCAGGAGCCGUACGAGACGAUGGAGGUGGUGGCGAGCAGCCCCGGGCCGGGGUCGGCGGUGCACCACCUGCACCAGCUGCAGCACCAACACCAGCACCAGCUCCAACAGCAGCACCACCACCACCAGCACCAGCACCUGGUAGGAGCACCACACGGCCACCUCUACUCGGGAGGCAGCUCCGCGGCCGGAGGCUCGCUGCAGUCCGCGACGGGCCCGGGCUCUGUCGGUGACAGCUCCAACAGCCAGAGCUCGAACGACGUGACCGGCACUGGCAUCUCGGGUGGCACCAAGCGGGAGGUGGGCGGGGAGGACGCCGACGGUGGCGGCCCGGGAGCGGAAGACGAGCUGGCGGGGGCAGGUCCGGGCGGGCGGUCGGCCGGGCAACCGCUCUGCGACUUCCUCACCCAGCUCGAGGACUACACACCGACGAUUCCUGAUGCAGUCACGAGCUAUUACUUGCAGACAGCUGGGUUCGAUACUGAGGACCCCCGAAUAGUGCGGCUGAUUUCGCUGGCAGCCCAGAAGUUCAUCUCGGAUGUGGCCAACGACGCCCUGCAGCACUGCAAGACACGCUCUUCCGCACAGAACACCAAGGCGCGCCUCAAGGAUCGACGCUACACGCUCACACUGGAGGACCUGACGCCCGCCCUCGCAGAAUAUGGCAUCGUCGUGCGGAAACCUCCCUACUACGUCUGAGCGUGAAGAAGACCUCGGGGACUGCAAUGGAAGGUGGCCUUCUGCGGUCGUCGGGUGCAUUCCGGUGAAGAGCUUUGUGGCUUCUCUUGUCCUUCUCUGCAGUACCACAAUUCUCAGAUCACCUUCUGUGACAGCUGUGCGCAGGUCAAGCGAGUACUGCUGCUUGCUGCUAUGGAAGAUUUUGUGGCGAGUUUGAAGUACUUUUGUUGGGAAUGCCUUUUAUUGCAUCAUUUCGUUGACAACAUUUAUUCAGUUAAUGUGAACUGCCUGUAGGAUGCUGCGUGUGCAGUUGCGAUGAGCUAAAUUACGUUAGAAGGCUGUGUGGAUUAAACAGAAAAAUGCCGAGCAAAAUGGACAUUACUACAUUAAAUUGAUUAUGUAUUAUAUUCAGAGUGAUGAGAACUGCGGCAUGUGGUCGAGUAAGUGGUGUUAUUUUAAAUUAUAAUGAUGUCUCAUGUUAAGUAUAUCACCGUCGAGUUGUCCUGUGUAAUGUGUGGCAAACCUUUUAUUUUCCACACGAGUAACCGCUUUCUUGAUUCUGUGCAGUCAUUCGUGCACAUCUGCUCUUCUGUAUUAUGCUAAAAGGAGGAGGAAAAUUAAAGGAAAUAAAGAAAAGAACUUUAUUACCAUUCCUGUUUUAAAAAAAAUAGUGUGUCAUAUAAUAACACAACAUGUGCUUUAUCCUUACUCCAACCUGUUAUCUGGCACUAAGAAUUCAAAUGUUAUUUUGAAAUAUCAUUCUGUCUCCACUGUUUUAUGAUGCAGAAGACUUGAGCUUAAUUUGAGUUUUGACAUUUUUGUCAUUUAUA